AUGGCGCCUGUUGGCCCCUCAGUAGCAGACACCCUGCCAAACAUCAACUUUGGCUUCGACGACCUGCGCGACCGCAUGGCCAAGUUCACUGCCAGGUUCGACGCCUUUAUCGAACAGGGUCGAAAGCGAGUCUUGGAGGAGCGCAACCAGUUCCGCAUGAAUGUUGCUGAACUUCAGGAGGACCAACGCAUGAAGAAGCGAGAUAUCGAAAUCAUUCAGGUCAAGACAUCCACACACCAGCAAACCGUCGAGAAGGAGGAAGCCGAGACCCGCGAGAUGGAGGCAGCGAUCAAUUCCCUCGCCGCCCAGCGCGACAACCAUCUUGCGACCCGCGACAGCCUCAAGGCCGAGAUUGCGCAGACCCAGGCAGAGAUCGAUGCCCGCCUCGCAGCGCAGCGGGCCCAUGCGCAGCAGCAGCAGGCGCAGUCCCGCUUCAACGUGCCCGAGCUCGACUUUUGGAUCACCAACCUGUGCCUCAAGAUCGAGGGCGCAGGACACGACGACCGGCUCAAGUUUGUGUACACGCAUAUUGACGAGAAGGAUUGGGAGAGGGAGGCUUGGUUUGAGCUGGUGACUAGCUCCCGGGACUAUGAUGUCAAGCACUGCCGGCCAAAGGUCGAGAGGGAGAAGGUGGAGAAGGUGCUCGACAGAGUUAAUGAGUCGAGGGAGUUGGUGACUCUACUCAAGGGGAUGAGGGAGUUGUUUGCGGAGGCGAUGAAGUCCUAG